GCUGUCGGUGAUGUUGAGAACUAAUCGACGAACUUUUUUUUUUUGUUUUGUUUCGCUCCAUGCAUCGUAGGGUAGUGUCGUAGCAGUGUGUAGUGUGUUUUAUCGCUAUUUUUAUUUUUAAAUUUUCCGUCACUCAAUCGGCGUGUCCAGUUCCAUUGAUGUAUUGUGGUGCAGGAAAUCCCAGAAACUAAAACGUGAUACGUGGAAUUGUCGAUAAAGAUUUCUGAUUUUAUCGGUACUCGAGUCUAUAAUUUCGCCACUUAUGCUGCACGAAAAAUAUAAUACGUACAUAUUAGCGGAUCUAAACGCAACAAAGUUAUUUACUCCACAAAGUGGUGAUUCUUUUUAAAUGGAAAGCAACGCAUUAGUGUUUUUUAUGCUUAAGCAACAAGACAAAUCGUGUUUUAAACGAUUGGCAUUAUUACGCAUAGGCCCCCGUUUUUUGCGCUCACUUCAUGGUGGGAAAAAAAAGUUCAGUGCAACUUGUGCGAUUUAACAAAUUAAAAAUGUUUUUGUAACAACUCUAUUGUUUGAUUUCGGUUAUUGCGUCGAAAAAAUGAGCGUUUUACACAAAAGCAGUUGCACCGACGCUCUUCUCCACAAAACAACCAUGAAAUGUAUCGAAGGUAGCACGACACUGAACGCCAAAAUAUUAGAAAAGGUGGAAAAACAGCUGGAGGAAUUUGAAAGAAUUUCCAUACUUUUUCUUAUAAGCGCAGAUGACCCAGAUGCUCGUUGCAAAAUUCAUAGUUAUUUCAGUAAUCUCAAAGACAAAUCUAAUAUUAUCGGACGAUUUGUUCAAAACAACUUUGACUUAUGGUCUGAGAAACUGCUGGAAGCAUUAUGCAUCAUAAAAAAUAAAGAAGUUUUGCGAAACUUGGGAUUUUCUCCAGACCAUAUUAUAAAGAAAUUCCUGUGUAAUGUUGGUACUUAUGCCUGCAAUAUUCAUCCGAUUUCCAAGGCUUUGUACAACCUAUUCGAAGCUCUUGAUUCCCGGAAAGGGAAGUUAUUAUUGGAAUGCGUUUACAAUGAUGGAAUAAAAAGGCACUACCAAGAUCAUUUUUAUCUUGAACUACACGCUCUGCAAUGGAUCGAUGCAAACUACAUAACUGUUUUACCAGGUGGUGGGGGAAAUCUAAAUAAUCUUCUGAAGCAUUUGAAGAAAAUAGAUUGUGUCAGAGCCAUUUAUUUGGACAUAGAAAACUUUUCUGAGCCUCAAGAAUCAAGGAAUGUUUGUCUUGCGGAAAAAAAAUGCUCAUCUAAUGCUUUGGUUUCUGUUGGGGAUAGUGUUUCCAAUGAAACCAUGCAUGAACACUCAACGGCCAAGUACACUAUUAAAAGAGGAAAGUGCCUGAUAAUAAAUGAAGAAAAUUUUCAUGGAAAUGUAGAAAACCAGUAUGAAAAACGAGAAGGAAGUAGAAAAGAUGGUGAGAACAUUCAAUGGACGUUCACUAGAAUGGGAUUUGACGUUACAAUCCUUAAUGACUUGACUGAACAACAAAUCAAGGAGGUGCUCAAGAAACAGUCCAAGGAUUUUGAACAUCAGAAUUAUGAUUGCUUAAUUGUUGUGAUUUUAAGUCACGGAUUUGAAGGAGGAAUUGUUUCCGCAGACAGCCAAGAAGUUCCCAUAAAAGUGAUUGAAGAUUCAGUUUGUACUGUGAAUUUGAGAGAUGUCAUUAAAAUAUUAAUUGUUCAAGCUUGUCAAGGAAAAGUGUUGGGCGAUGUUUCGCAAAACUCAGAAUUGGCAUUAGAUGGUCCUUCAGAUGGAUCCAGAAAUAUUUCGCGGUUUCGAAACUUUGCAAUAUUCAUGUCGACCAUGAAUGGUUUCAGUGCCAUCCGUCACAAAGAAGAAGGUUCCUGGUUCAUCCAGGCGAUCUGUGAGGUUUUAUCGACUGGUGAAAGUCUAUCGGUCUCCGAAUGGCAAACGAGGGUGAUAAACAUAGUCCAAGAAAAAGUUGGUCGCGUCAACGAUUGUAGAACGACAUCCCAGAUACCCGAGUUCAAGACGAGACUUAACACUCAAGUCUAUUUUCCUCGCUAUAAGGAGGAAAGUGGAAAGAAGGAGGAGGAAAAGGCAGGAGACAUGGUUGCAUACUUUCCUUGUACGAAAAAUAUGCAACCACUUCAAGCCUCCGUUUUAGACCUUCUCAAAAAUUAUUAAUCCGUGAUUAAAACGGUACGUCCAGCGAGUGGGAAAAUCACGAAAAAUAUUGGAUCGGAAUUCAGGUUUUUUUUCAAAAUAUUUUAUGUUUUCAAAGAA